UCGUUGUUCCUGCUCACACUUGUUCUCUCUCCGCCAUUUUCGCUGGCUGGUGUCGCAGAGGUGGUCCGUGCUAUCAUUUUUUUUUUACCAAGAAGACGAUUCGCUUGUUAAUAUCAACGAAGAUAGUCUAAUAUAACAGUUUGAUUAAGCAAGAUAAUAACUGCGCAACAAGAUGUCUACCGAGCAGACCGAAAAUACGAACGUGACCGAGAAAGCAGGCCAGCAGGCGCCUCCGCCGCAGCAGCAGCAGACGGGAGAAGUGAAUGGGAAAGCCAAGCAUGAGCCCAGUUCCAGCAGGAAGGAGAGGCCCCAGAAGAGAGGUGGAGGCGGUCGCUAUGAACCCUAUGGAAACGUGAACAAACGAUACCGCGUGUUUGUCAGCAACAUACCAUACGAUGUCAAAUGGCAAGCUCUUAAAGACCUGAUGAAAGAAAAAGUGGGUGAGGUAACGUACGUGGAACACUUAAUGGACGCAGAAGGCAAAUCGAGGGGUUGUGCUGUUGUUGAGUUUAGGACCGAAGAGCUAAUGAGGAAAGCAGUGGAGAAGGUCAACAAGCACAACCUCAAUGGACGACCCCUAAAAGUGAAAGAGGACCCUGAUGGUGUGAUUGCUCAAAGAGAAAUGAACAAGAGUCAAGGUGGAGGCCCUCCAGGAGGCCACGGCGGGAUGGGAGGAAUGGAUCGCAUGAACAUGGAUCGAAUGGGCCCUGGACCAACUGGACCCAUGGUCAAUAUUCCUCCUAGCCUGAUGAACAACCCCAACAUCCCCAAUGAGAUCAUCCAUGGUCUCCAGGCUGGCAGGAUUGGCAGCACUGUCUUUGUGGCUAAUCUUGACUACAAGGUUGGCUGGAAGAAGCUGAAAGAGGUAUUCAGCAUGGCGGGCAUGGUGGUGAGGGCCGACAUUCUGGAGGACAAGGAUGGGAAAAGCAGAGGCAUGGGCACAGUGACAUUUGAUAUGCCUAUUGAAGCAGUCCAGGCUGUCUCUAUGUUCAAUGGGCAGCUGUUGUUCAACAGAGUCAUGCACGUCAAACUGGAUGAGAAAUCCCUGCCCAAAGAUUUUGGACCACCUGACAACAGGUCUGCUGCUCUUCCCCGUGGCCUGAGUGGUAUUGGUUUGGGACUUGGACCUGGUGGUCAGCCCAUUGAUGCUACCCAGCUCAACAGAGGAGGUGGUGGUGGUGGAGGAAUGGGCAACAUGGGCCCUGGAGGAAUGGAUGGCAUGGGCUUUGGCAACAUGGGAGGUCGUAUGGGAGGCGGUGGUGGCAGCGGAGGAGGAAUGGACAACUUCGGAGGAAUGAACAACAUGGAUCGUUUUGGCUCUUCAGGAAUGGGCAGAAUGAACGAGAUGGACCGUGGGAUUGGUGGUGCUUUUGACAGGGAGUUUGGGCGAAAUGAAAUGGGAAUGUCUCGCAAUAGUUUUGGAGAGUCCUUUGAAAGAGGAAUGGGAAACUCCAUGGGUAUGGACCGAAUGAGCUCCGGAAUGGACCGCCUGGGAGCCAGCAUUGACCGCAUGGGUGGGAUGGAUCGGAUGGGCAUGGACAGGAUGGACCGCGGGUCUGACCUGGACAGGCUGGGUUCUGGGUUCGACCGGAUGGGCUCAGGGAUGGACCGGCUGGGGCCCAGUAUGGACAGGCUUGGACCUGGCCUGGACCGUAUGAGCUCCAGCAUGGACCGCCUUGGCCCAGCUGGGUUUGACCGCUUAGGCCCGUCUGGUUUGGAUCGCAUGGGUUCUGGCCUGGACUUUGGCUCCCCGAUGGGUAUGGAUCGCAUGGGCAACACCGGGCUUGACAGAAUGGCCAGCAGCUUCGACCGCAUGGGCUCUGCCGGAGGACUUGACCGCUUCUCCGCCGGUGGCCUUGACCGCAUGAGCUCUGGCAUGGAUCGGAUGGGAUCUGGAGGUGUUGGUGGCCAGUUUGAUCGCUCUGCUGACAUGGAUCGUGGAUUUGGUGGUAAUUCCUUUGGUGGAGCUGGAGGGGCUGGAACUGGAGGAGGCAAUAUCAGGAAGGGAUGUCAGAUCUUUGUCAGAAAUCUGCCAUUUGACUUCAACUGGAAGAUGCUUAAGGACACCUUCAACACAUGCGGCAUGGUUCAGUAUGCUGAUAUUAAGAUGGAGAACGGCAAGUCCAAGGGCUGCGGCGUGGUUCGCUUCGACAGCCCUGAAACUGCUGAGCGUGUCUGCCGGACCAUGAACGGCUACCGGCUGAACGGAAGAGAAAUUGACGUUAGGAUUGAUAGGAAUGCAUAAAUUAUGAGUCUGGGGGCGCACAUAUCACGUUUCAUUUAGUCCCGGAUGUCCAAAUGCUCUGUAUCAUCUGACUUGCUCUUCAGCAUAUUCAUAUUAUAUGAAUAGGUUUGGUAGAUAUUUGUAACAGUGAAAAUGUUAUUUUAGUUAGUGAUUUGUCCCAGUGAACGUGUUUUAGUUUUUGCUUUAAAUUUUACUUUAUUUUUUAGAGACCAAAUUUUUAAUUCUUUUUUUUCCCUGUCAUGCUUCACCUGUCAUUGCCUUUAUUCUAUAAGGUGUUUUGAUAAAUAAACCUCAGUAUUUGAAA